GAGUCGCUCUCUUGCGGUUAUUUUCGAUAUACCAGGAUUAUUUGAUCAUUGGUGAUCCAUCCCCGGGAGAACUAUUCGUGAAGACCCACGGCGAUGGAGUUCGUGUUUGACUUGGCAGAUAUCUGCUAACGGAGAAAAAUAUGCUUUGCAGCAAUUGACGUCACGUGGACCACUGUCAUGAAAUCGGUCGCGACGAUAUUGUGAUAACGUAUUUCAUAAUAAAGUAUUCGAAGGUGAUUGAGAAAGCAGAUGAGAAGUUGUUGUAGCAUUAAUUGGGAAAAAUGCCAGUCGGUGUAUUUCCAGCCCUUAAAUUGGGCGUGCUGUUUGUUAAGCAGAUCAGUAAACCCUUAGCCAAAUUUCUAGUCAAUCAAGCAAAGAACCAUCCUACUUUCAGAACUUAUUUCAUCAUCCCACCAGCUCAGUUUUAUCAUUGGGCAGAAGUGAAAGCAAAGAUGUAUGUCAUGAAUCUUGGUAAGCCUACAAAGGUUGCCAAGCUGAAUGAAACUAUGGCGAUCGAAUUGGGCGCCAAUCUCAUUGGCGAGUUGAUAAUCUUCAGCAUAGCUGGAGGAUGUCUUAUAUUUGAAUACAACAGGCAAACCACAAAAGAGGCGAAAAAAGAAGAGAUACGUCAGAUGCAAAUAGUGAAGUUCACAGAUGACAUUCAAGCAUUGUAUAACACUACAUUGCAACAAGAAGCACAAAUCAAUUAUCUGCAGAACGCCGUUAAUCAAUUAGCAAAGCAUACAAAGCAUAAGUUACCUGAGAUGCCAGUUUUCGAACAAAUGAAUAAUAGCAGUAAUAACUUAGAAGACAAUAAGAAGAAUCAUAAUAAAAAUAGCAAAAACUCAAUGGAAGCCAACACAGAAACUGAGAGCACACCGUUGAUAGAGCGUGCUAUAGUGUAUUAUAACAAUGAAUUGAAAAAAGAUAAGUCGCUUAGAUAAGACAUUUUAUACCUCUGUUUAAAACGUAAUAUCAGGAUUGGGGACAUUACUUUAUAAAAGUUAUCGCAUAUCUCACAAUGGUGAUGCAUCACCUUUAAUCAUUACUUAGAAAGUAACUUUGUUCCUUUUUUGUUAUUUUUUUUACGAAAUUUUGAUGAUUUUUCAGUGUGGUAUUCAAUUAUAUAUAUUGUUAUGUGACUAAUUCAAAGCGAAAUUUGUAAUGGUUUUUGUUCACAAUAUGGUCUAUACACAUAUUUUGUACGUUUAUAAGGUGUCAUGUAAGUAACAACAAAAUUCAUUAUCGUUACAGAAAAAAGUAAUGAUUGUUACUAGAAAAAAAAAUGUUAACUGCGUUAAAAGUAAUACGUUGCUUCCCAACCCUGCAUAAUACGUAUUUUGAGAUAUACAAAUGUUAACAACUGGUGUUGGUAUUAAAACAAAAUACAUUCAUAAUGCCGAAAUGUAUAUAACAAAGUUUUGUUCUGCAUAUUGUGUAUUGCAAUCUGUUUUUGGAUUGCGAUUAAUUUGUGCAAGUUUUGACCGAAGAUUUAGAUCUUUUCUGUAAAAAAAAAAUACAUUUAAAUCUCUUUCUGUAAAAAAA